GCGCUGAGUCCCCUAGCAACGAGCUUGUCCCGCCUCGCUCUGGCCAAAUCGCUCUCUAGCCCCUCCUCCCGGUCACUUUCACACCAGGCUUUCCUAGCAACCGGCUUGGCCGGCAGGAUAGGUCCCCAGCAGAAAUUCACCAUCCACAGUGCCCCAGCUGAAGCCUGGAAAGCAAGAGGCCAGCAAACUUGAGUGGAUUUUUUUCAGGAAGCCGGGAGCCUACUGCAACAGGAUUCCCUCCACCGAUGGCUGGCUACGCUCAUAAUGCCCACCACACACACAGACACAAACACACACAGAAACAUACGAAAAAAAUCUCUGACCUCUGAAGAUCAUGCCUGAGGUAGACCGAGUGUGUAAAGGACCUUAAUAAAACACAAAACCUGGGGUAAGGUGGGUCCAGACCCGCCCCUUCUCAGCUUCCUAUAAGAAGAGCUGGAGACCUGGAACUGCAGGGUCACUCAUCACUCCAUCAUGAAGCCUUCCAUGAAACCUGAGACCUUCCUGCUGGCCUCUGCGCUGCUCUGCACCCUCCUGGGUCUGGGGUGCUCACUAAGCUGUGAGGUGUGUGUCAGCGACAGUCCCAACUGCAAUGGAAAACUGCAGACUUGUGCCCCGGACGAGGACUCCUGCAUUGUUGUCGUGACUGAGAGCAACAGAAAGGGCUCCUUGGCGGUGACCAGCUACAAGGGGUGUGCGAAAUCCAGCGAGUGUGAAUCAGGAUCCUUCACCAUCACCGUGAACACUGAGAACCAAUUGGGCUCCAAGAGGCGCUGCUGCCAGGACGAUGGGUGCAACCAGGACCCCAUGCCCGCGUUCGUGAGAAACCACACAGAGAAUGGCCUUCGGUGUCCUUCCUGCAUCGCUGCCUUUACGGAAACAUGCACUUCGACUCAGGAAACAGUCUGCGUUGGUGAGGAAACUCACUGUGUCGCCGUGUCUGGCCUCACACAGCCUGGUAUCAAAUUUGCUGCCCAGGGCUGUGGUACGGAGACCACCUGCCACAGCAAGCCUGGGACCCUGGUGCCCUCAGGCUCUCGUUUGUUGACCAUCAAGAAAACCAGCUGUCGUCCAAGCCCCCAGGCUUCUGGCAAGGCUGAGUGAAGAACUGAGGCCCAUAUGGUGUGUGGUCUCCAUUCGUUCUCAGACAGGUUCCCAGGUGUCUACA